AUGGGAAAUAAGGAUUCUUCAAUAUUAUCAAAAACGAGCAGUUCUUUACCUGAAGACCUUUUCUCUCAAGAAUUGACAGAAAAACUCCAAUACAUAAUGGAACAAGGAGAAGGAAUAGAAUUCCAUGACUUAAAUCAACAAUUCAUGAUACCCAAUAAUCACAUCUCAUCAAACAAUGAAAUAUACAUUUCUAAUUUUUUCCAAAUACCCCAAUAUGAAUCGUCAGGACUUCAAAAACUGCGUCCUCCAUCACCACUAGAUGUUGACUUAUCAAAAACUUCACCCGGUGACCAAAUUUUAUCACCUGCAGAAUUUGAUGCCAUAUUCGCUUCUUUUUCUGCCAUUGCUGGUGAGCCAGAUGAUUGUGAGUUCGAUCGAUUGUCAUCUACAUCAACAGACGAUACAUGUGCGCUCUUGGACGAUGAGAAAUUGUCACACGCUUUUGAUUCCAUUUCAUUUAAUGAUAUUACACUAGAUGUGUAA